GCACGCCAUCCAACAAGAAUACAAGUUUCCGUAUGGGCAGUGGUAAGCAUUCUGAAUAAACCGCGUCCACAGUGAUAUAACUAAUGAUUUUUAAGGGUUUCCACAAUCUCAGAUAGCGGCACCAACGAUGUUUCCUUCAGUUGACCGGAACCCAAACGAUAUUGCUUCUCUCCACUCGCCAGAGUCUCAGCCAAACACAAACGCGGACAGUCAUCCGGAUCGGUCCGUACACAUUUCUCAGGCCCAGGCAAGCACAGCGGCUGUGGAAACUUUAUCUCCGUACUUCUUCCCCCAAAUUAUACCCCCCGAGCCCGUAGAGAUAACGAGCCUGUCGAACUAUCCACAGUUUGUGCUACCAGAAUCGAUCGAUACAACUAGAUUUUCUUCGUACCCUCAAUUCCCCCCCCCCGACAUGACGACGUUUUCAGACUAUCCAUAUUUUAUAUCUCAGGAGUCGGAUAUCGGCAAUUUGUUCAACACCUGAAAGGUUUUGAAGGGAUAUCGACAAGUCGAAAAGUUUUUUAACGAAUCCGUCACGUUAUGCAAAGCGUUAUGUUAUUUUCUUCUUGUCGGAGGAAGCGCUAUUAUAAAAUGAAGCGAUCCGGUAAUAAUA